AUGGCUGCUCUAAUCGAUGUGAGCCAUCUUGCUGAGAUUAUUCCCGUCAUUCGCACUUGGUGGUCUAAUCCGUUCGCCUGCCUACUGAAAAUACUCACUGGAACCUCCAGCUUAAUAUGUCUGGGCUUCACAGCGGCCCAACGGAGCUUGGCAAAGGUUGCCGUAUCCUUCCAAAUCAUCGAGAUGUUUAAUACUGUAGCACCAUCACCUUCAUCAUAUAGCCAAAGCUCUGGCCGUAGAGACUUCCCGUGGAUGGGUCAGCGGAGCUUUGAAGGAUACAAUACAAUUGGCGAGUUAUCAGCCAGGUGGGGCUGCGUUAUCAGAUUGGCUGAUAGCGGCCCCAAGUAA